UCAUGAAUUGUGUGCAAAUCUCAUGGAAACAAUUUUUCUCAGGUGAAUUGAUAUAAACUCAAUUUCACUGAAUUAUUAAACAAACAGUUUUCUCGUAGAUAUUUCAGCAUUGUAAUCAAUGUAAUCAAAUUACUGUCCAAAUUUUCACAUAAUUAACUUGAAUAAAUACAUAUGAGGUGAUUAAUGAAUGGCCAAACUCAUAAGAUAUUUAUCAGAAUCAAUAAAUUGAUAUCGCAAUUCUCAAGGAAUCUCAGCAUUUCAUUUUACUUUUGCUGAUUAUUUGGUUAACAUGACUUUUUAUGUCAACAGUUUCUAUUUAAUUUUUAGUUGCAAAUCGCUAAUUAAAAGUUGAUUGAAAUACAGUGAAUAAAAUGUUUCGACCAAUCAAAGGAUCUGAGAAUAAACUAUUCACACCAAAUGAACGACCCGAAACUGCAGGUGAAACAUAUCAUCUUGAGGUUUUGAGGCCUUUAAUUAAGGUGUCGGAAUAUCUUGGUUCAUGGCCUAGAGAUGGAAGUCAAUUCAUAUUACGAUUGAAUGCUUGGAAUGGAUUAACUCUAUUCGUCCUCCAUUUUUACACAGUUCACAAGUUUUUCAAUUGGAUGACUGUGGUUAAGACAACAGAAAAUAUCUUUGAGGUUUUUGAACAGUUAACUUUAAUCACUCGAACUGCAAUUGUGGCUUUAUGUUUCGAUUAUCGUUUCUUGAUGCACCAAUCAAAUAUGGAUUUGUUCAAAAUCUUUGGAAGUAUAACAACUCUUAACGAAGAAUGGUGUUUGUUGCGCUUGAAAAAUAUCAUCAAAUUCGUCAUCGGUGCUUGCUUUUUCUUUGUGUUUUUGCAUGUGCUUUUUGCAUCCAUUUUCAUGUUUCACACAAGCACUGAUAAGUAUGUUAAUUGGCUUUUUUAUGGUGAUGCUGCAGAUCAAACUCCUGAUUUCGUUGUCAGAAUGAUUAUGAUUGCUGAUUGGGCUCUUUACCUUUAUCUGGUUAUUUGCAAUGAAUGUUUCUUUUUUGGCUUAUACAUCGCUCUCUGUUUAACCAUGUUAUUCAAGGUGAAGGAUUUCAAUGCCUUUGCCAAAAGAAUCCAAAAGGAAAGAUUGAUUAAAACUGGAAGUCAGGUUCAAGAACUUUAUCAAAUGCAUACUCGUCUAUCUGAAAUGAUAACGGAAGCUGAGAGAAGUUAUUCAUUUCCUUCAUUCCUCUGGAUUCUUUGCAUCAUCUUUAACUUGGCUGUUAAAAUUGAAAGUGUUAUUCAUGGGAUAAAGAAAGCAGAGUUCCGAGAGUUUGGCUAUAUUUUCACAGAUGUUAUUUACUACUCACUUGGGUUUAUGGCAAUUUGCAUGGUUGCUAGUGAAGUUGGUGAGGCCAAUUCCGAACCAAUCAUUUCCUUGAUUAAAAUUGCUGAAUAUGGUGACAUCGAGGAUUGGGUAUUUCAGCAGGAGACUCAACUGUUGAUAACAAAAAUCAAUACACCAAUGCUGAAGUUGUCUGGAUGGUCUUGCUUUGAACUCAACAUGCAAUUUAUGUUAACAAUUUUAGGAGCUCUGGCAACUUAUGCUAUAAUCAUUAUUCAAAUGGCUUGAAAAAUUGCAUAUAAGGGAAUGAGAAUCAUGAAAAUAGUUUCGUAGAUUAUUAACUAAUCAUUAUUUAUCAACAUUAGUAAUCAAUUUCGCAGAGACAGUCACAGUGAUUGAGCCUGACUAUAUGACUUAAGAACCCUUGUUCUUCAAACUAUGGUCAGAUCAAAUACAAAAUCAAUUUUUUAACAAAAAUCACAUUACAAACAUAUAGUUAAAAACUCUAAAUCAAUAAUUGUACUCAAACUUUGUUAUCCUUGUCUAAAUUCCUAUGUUUCGCCUGUUUCAACUCCCCAUACAAUCCUCUUCGAAUGAAUAAGAGUGCAAAUGGUCAGUCUAGAGUCUAGACUUGGAAAUAGUUCAAGUCAGGAUUACCAACCAAUAGGCGUAUACUAUUCAAAACCUUAUUGGUUUGAUAACGACAUUCAAAUUCAAGAAACAUUGAGUUCAUGAAAUCUGUCUAUACAGAGUAAAAAUGUGUUUCUGAUGUAAUCUUUCUUCAGUUUUGAUCACAAAAAUGUACAUUGAACUAACACUAAGCACAGAAAGCUUUUAAAAAUUGUUAAUUACAAAUAAAGAAGAUUUAUUUUA